UUUUCCAAGGAAUACUUCCAUACGGACCAGUUACAUUCCGUUUAUUUCUCUGAAGACUUGCGAAUACCACGACUACAAAAUGCUGUGCCUUUCCGCAACCGCUGCCUUGUGCUUGAUUCUGGCCAUUGACGUUGCAUUUGCAGGAUCUGUCUUGUUCAACUCGAAUGCGAUUAAAAAUAUCCCCGGAGUAGUGAGCUCCACUCACGCCGUGAGCGCGAGCCCGGACGAACUGACACUUGACAGCGGGACUAAGAACUUGGCCCUUGACACUCCACAGCCUGUCCUUUGCGCUGCUGAUGAAGAAUGUUCUGAAGAUGAGUACUGCCUGGUCUCCCGACGCGCUUGCCUCCAGUGCAAGAGACGCAGGAAGCGCUGCACCCGGGAUGCCAUGUGUUGCCCUGGCAAUCACUGUAGCAACGGUCUGUGCACAGCCAAUGAUCUCGACCUUGUGCAGCAAACUGGGAUUGAGGAGGUCCUGGCUAGCCCCACAAACGAGGACAAUUCCACAGUGGAAGUGCAGGCCAAAGCACCACCACAGGAUGUGACUCAGACUUUGAAAGGUCAAGAGGGUGAUACUUGUCUGAGGUCAUCAGACUGUGCCGAGGGCUUCUGCUGUGCCAGGCACUUCUGGUCGCGGAUCUGCAAGCCGGUGAUGAGGGAGGGCCAGGUGUGCACCAAGCACAAGCGCAAAGGCAGCCACGGCCUGGAGAUCUUCCAGAGGUGUGACUGCGCCGAGGGCCUGUCCUGUCGGACGCAGCGGGGCGAGCAGCAUAACAGUAAGGCAGCGCGCAGCCUCCACACGUGCCAACGCCACUGAGCUCUGGACACCAGGAAUGGAGCAAGUGGACCAUGGGAUUUCUUUAUCUUGAGGGGGGCCAUUUUUUGAAGAGUUGAGCCUCUCUGAAAGCUGAACUCUUUUUAUUCACAAUUUGAUGAACAGUACGCUGAAGAGACUUUUUAUGAAAGGGAUACUCUGUUGGUUUUGUUUGGAUGAGUUUGUUUGUUUUAUUUUUUUUGUUAUUUACUUUAUUGCAGAGUAGAUAUGAUUGUUUCGCUGUGGAACUUGAGACAUGAUUGCAGUAAAUUACUGUAUAUUGUAAAUACCAUACUGAUGUUGGCACUUAACUCUAAACUGGUCAUUCUGGGUCACAACAGCUAUUUUCAAGAGAAGGUGCAUCAUUCGUGGGUUUGUGUGUCUGUGUGUGUGUGUGUGUGUGUGUGUGUGUGUGUGUGUGUGUGUGUGUGUGUUUUUAACUAUUGUAUUUUUUUCUGAGAACAUGUGAUUUUACAAAUAUAGAAUCUGAUAUAAAAUGUCUAUUUUUAUUUUAAAUAAAGAGUGUAAAGUUUAAGUGACAUAUAAA